AUGGGCUGGAGCUGGGAAGGGGAGCGAAAAAGAAGGACGCUCGGGAGGGCUGCCUUCAAUUCCCAUAGCGGCUGUGUCUGGGAGGGGCGUGGAGGAGCCUGCAGAAGUCUGCCUGGGCAGAUCAGCACCCCCGCCCAGUGCGGCCCGGCCCUGGCACCUGGGGGUGUCCGCGAGCUGACCUCGCCUCCACUUGUCCUGGGCAGGCGCGCGGGGCCUCGGCGUCCGGCGCUCCCUCUUCCACCGCCCAGCUCCCGCGCUGCCCUGUUUCCUGUUCAACAAUAUAGCGAGGGAGGCACCGGCGGAGAGCACCCGGCAGAACUUCCUCCCGGGCUGGGGCUGGGGCUGCGGCUGCGGCUGCGAGAGACAAUCCCCGGUGUCCUGGCUUCCUGUCCUCUCUGGGACGGGCCAGCGCCAGAGGAGCAGAGACGCCACCUCCUUCCCCUGCACCUCCGGGAUCCUGGGCCGCACCUGGCUGUCUCCCGGAGGUGGGAUGCCGGGGCAGGAAGCCUCCUUACCAACUUCUGGCCAGAUUUCCCUCCACUGCUCUACUCCACCUCCUUUCCCCCACCUCUCUGUCUUGAUCCUUGUGGGGGAGGAGGGCUCCUAUCUGUCCGUAGGGGACGCUCAGAGCAACCUCCUGGGGUGGCACUCAAAAUGCUCACCUUAUCUCUGCAUCUCAGUUUUCUUUCCUGUAAACUGGGGACGGUAACACCUACUUCAUAGGAUUGUUGAAGAUUAAAUGA